AUGCAAAACGCUCCGCGAGAACUUCCCCGCCAUGCCAACAUCGACCUGGUGACCGCCUCGCCCCUUCGUCGCACCCUCUAUACUGCGCUCGAGAGUUUUGCCCCCGUCUUCGAGUCAAAUCCAGACUUGAAGAUUAUUGCCCUGCCUGAUAUUCAGGAGACCUCAGACGUUCCAUGUGAUACUGGCAGUGAACCUUCUGUUCUGAAGGAGGAGUUCAAGACAGGAGUUGAUCUGGAUCUCGUGCAAGAGGGGUGGAAUAACAAGUUCUCCGGUCCUUACGCCCCAACCAACAUAGCCCUCAAGCAACGCGCUCGUGCAGCCCGUCGCUGGCUGAAAGCCCGUCCGGAGAAGGAAAUCGUUAUGGUCACGCACGGAGGGUUCUUGCAUUUUUUCACUGAAGACUGGGAAGAGAGCAGCCAGUACCAGGGUACCGGCUGGUCCAACACCGAGUACCGUACUUUCUCUUUCAGCGAGGAAACACACACAGACGAUUUGGAGGGAUACCCACUGGAUGGUGAUAAUGCCUCACUUGAGGAGACAAUUGACUCACGGCAGCGCCGGGGUAAGACUGGACCUAUGCCUAACCGGGAAGAACAGAGGAUGCUGUAUAAGAAGGGCACCCAGGGCUGGGAUGACCAGGGAUUGCAGAUGAGCACUGCUGAACGGGAGGCGGCUAAGGUCACUGGAGGUGAGGAGGUUAAUGGAGUCCGAGUAUGA